GGAGCUCAUAAUAUUCUCCUGUCCUGCAUUUCUGCUUGACCCUGUGGACAACUUCUCUCUAGCCUGACAAAAUGUGUGACCACUUUGUGGGUACCUGGAAGCUCCUUACUAGUGAAAACUUUGAGGACUAUAUGAAAGAACUAGGUGUGGGAUUUGCUACCAGGAAAAUGGCUGGUGUGGCCAAGCCCAAUGUAACUAUCAGCAUCAGUGGUGAUGUGAUAACCAUCAAAACAGAAAGUACCUUCAAAAAUACAGAGAUCUCUUUCAGGCUGGGUGAAGAGUUUGACGAGACCACAGCAGAUGAUAGAAAAACAAAGAAUGUCAUAACCUUAGAUGGUGGCGUGCUGAAGCAGGUGCAGAAGUGGGAUGGAAAAGAAACUAUCAUAAAGAGAAAAGUUGUGGAUGGGAACCUCGUGGUGGAAUGCACCAUGAAUAAUGUUACCUGCAAAAGAGUUUAUGAAAAAGCAUGAAGAAGUCAUCCUGACGUAGAUCUAAUGCUUAAAGCUGGAGAAAAACAACUUUACUUAACCAAAGGAGAAAAACUAAAAAAAAAUCCAUUUUAAAGAGAACUGUGCUUUUUACAGAUAUAUCCCAAAAGAGUUACACGCAGCUAGUUCAACUUGUUGUGGCUAUUAAUAUAAUAAAUAUAAAUAAAAUGUUCUGCUUUCUACAA